AUGAUGGCUAACUUUUCCUUGUUUGUAUUUGCUUGUGUGAUGAUUUCAUACCUAGGAAUAAAAGAGGUACAAUGUGUUGGAGUGUGUUAUGGGAGAAAUGGAAACAACUUACCAUUAGCUGAAGAUGUUGUAAAUCUUUAUAAAGCUAAUGGCAUAACAAGCAUGAGGGUGUAUGAUCCAAUUCCUGAAACACUCAAUGCUCUCAAGGAUAGUAACAUUCAAAUCAUGCUUUGCAUUCCUAAUGACAAACUUCAAGCCUUAACAGAUCCAAAAGAAGCUUACAAUUGGGUUUUUGCCAAUGUAAUAAAUUAUAUCAAACAAGUCAGAAUAAGAUAUGUAAGUGUUGGAAAUGAAAUAUCUCCUCUCAUUGCUGGAUCAUCUCAAUUUGUUCCCUUCCUUCUCCCUGCCAUGGAAAACGUGCAACGAGUGAUAACCUCGUUCAGACUAAAUCAUCGAGUAAAAAUAUCAACAGCUGUAGAGACGGGGCUAUUGGCGAAUACAUAUCCACCAUCUCAAUCAACAUUUCGUGGAGAUGUGAUUAGUUUUAUCAAACCAAUUAUUGAGUUCUUGAAACAGAACAACGCGCCUUUGCUAGCAAAUAUUUAUCCGUAUUUUGCUUAUAUUGGUGAUCCUGAUCAUGUUUCACUCUCUUAUGCAAUAUUUGCGCAACCAGAACCCGAUUCAUCAGGGUAUACUAAUCUAUUUGAUGCUAUGUUGGAUUCAAUUUACUAUGCAAUUGAGAAAGCUAUUGGUGAAAAUAAGGUUGAGAUUGUUGUUUCUGAAAGUGGAUGGCCAUCUGAGGGUGGUUUUGGAGGAAGCAUGGGUAUUGCUACUAUUUAUUAUAGGAAUUUGAUUGGUCAUGCGAAGUCAAAAGCAGGAACUAUACACAAGCUAGGAAAACCUAUAGAAACUUAUUUGUUUGCUAUGUUUGAUGAAAAUUUGAAGAUAGGAGCAGAGACUGAGAAGCAUUUUGGAGUGUUUUAUCCUGAUAAAACUCAAAAGUAUAAUCUUACUUUCUAG